GUGAUUGCCCGCCCUUUUCCCCAAGCAGGUUUGCGUGAGCGCUCCAGAGGAGAAAAUGCCCUUCUUAACGAAAGAGAGCAGUGAUGGCAGAGAAAGGUGAACGGGCGAUUUGGAAAGCAGUUACUCGGAAAGGCAAUGUCCUUUAGUUCACGGACCGUGUUUGGACACUUGAAGCUGUUCUCAUGUUAAGACAGACACCACGGUGUCGGUGACGAGGGUUCAAGCACAACAAUGUCAAUGAGAAGGACAGAGGGUGUCUCGAUCAUUCAGGCCCUGGCCAUGACGAUGGCGGAAAUCCCUGUGUUUCUUUAUUCCACGUUUGGGCAGUCCAUUUUUUCCCAACUGAGAAUGUCCCCGAGCUUGAAGAAAGUACUGUUUGCAACAGCUCUGGGUAGCGUGGCAUUGGCUCUCACCGCACACCAGCUUAAAAGACGGAGAAGGAAGGGCAAACAGCUGACCCAAAGCAAGAAUGAACAGAAACAGCAGGCCACUUCAGCCUCGGUGCUCGGGAUGGGGCGAUCCACAUCGUUGAAGAAAGCACCACUACAAGGCCGAAGGGUAACGAGCCCCAGCACUCGGAGCAAUGACACGCUUAGUGGCAUCUCCUCCAUUGGUCCCAGCAAGAAUUCAAGCUCCUCGCACAGCCUAACUUCGAUGCGGGUUCCACCUUCCCCAAAUCAGACCAGCAAUAAUAAUGUUGCCCCAUGGGAGAAUGACGCUGUUGAAGAAGAACUUGGCGUGGGAGAGGAUGCAAAUGCUGAAAACCUCUACAUCCUGGGAAUGGAGCUUUUUGAAGAAGCCCUCCAGAAGUGGGAGCAGGCCCUGAACAUUCGUCAAAGAAGCGGAUCAGGCGUCUCGGACAGUAGCAACAGUCUGAUUCCAAAAGGAGCCCAAGCUGCUCCUGAGGUAGUCGAGUCGCGAAACAAGGUGUUUGCUGAGAAGCUGGAGUCACUUUUACACCAAGCAUACCACCUCCAAGAAGAAUUUGGAGCGACUAUUCCUCCAGACACCCUUCUAGCAGAUUUUGAGAGUGAAGAGACCCUCAUUCUGCCUAUCGGAGAUGGCUGUGAACGCCUGCAUUUGGAUGAUGAGACCAGCAUAACCUCAGAUGACUCCUUCUUCUCUGCAGCAGAGCUCUUUGAUACUCUUUCAUUUGGGGAAGAAAUCCUCCAACCCCCAAAGCCAGGGGCCCUGUAUGAAGAGGCACUUGCAUUAGCAAGGGAAGGAAAGAUCUGCUGCCGGACAUUACGAUCAGAUAUCUUGGAGUGUUACAGUGACCAGGAUUUUCUGGCAAAGCUGCAUUGUGUCCGGCAGGCAUUCCAGCUUUUGUUCUUGGAUGAUACCUACCGGCUGUUUUUCAGCGAGAUUGGGAAGCAGAUGAUCGCAGGCCUUAUGACCAGAGCAGACAAGAAUAGCAAAGGAUUCUUAGAAAGCUAUGAAGAAAUGCUGAGAUAUACACAGAGGGAAGAGACCUGGGCCACCACUAAGAUGGAGCUCGAGGGAAGAGGGGUUGUCUGCAUGAACUUCUUCGACAUUGUGCUUGAUUUUAUUCUGAUGGACGCCUUUGAAGAUCUGGAAAAUCCCCCGGGCUCUGUUGUUGCUGUUCUCCGUAACCGCUGGCUGUCUGACAGCUUCAAGGAGACGGCACUUGCAACAGCUUGUUGGUCAGUGUUAAAGGCAAAGAGACGUCUUCUUAUGGUACCCGACGGCUUCAUUUCCCAUUUCUACUCCAUUUCUGAGCACGUCAGUCCUGUUUUGGCAUUUGGAUUCCUCGGCCCCAAGCAGCAGCUGUCUGAAGUGUGCCGGAUAUUCAAGCAACAUAUCGUCCAGUUCCUAAAGGACAUGUUCGACCUUGAUAAAGUGUCCUAUGCAUCAGUGCAGACGCUGGCCGACGACUUGAUGCAGUUGUCCCGGAGACGAAGUGAAAUUCUGCUCGGUUACCUGGGCAUGGAGAGCCUGAUGGAGCCCAAUGGGUCCGUCUUGCUGGGAAACGGAACUGCAGGACUGAACUGAGGAAGACGCUUCGUGGUUUUUUUUUUUUCUUUUUCUUUUUCAGUAAAUGUGCUUCCACACUGGGAGAGAAAUUCUGCUGAAGACCUUUGGUCUUUUUACCUUACAGAUGCUUGUCAUUAAUCACUCUGCUCCUUCACUUGGCACUGCAUGAGUGCCCACUCCAGGACAGGUUUGGACGCGGCUCUGGCAGGGGGACAUCUUAAUCAUGGAUGCUGACUUCUCCAUUUUGUUCUUUUGGUCUUUCUUCUUUUUUUAAUGCUUAGGUGGGAGGAUUCUUGCAGACACUGGAAGGCAUUCCCACAAGUGGUCUGCCUGUGCGUUAGGAGUGGACACCUUUUGCCUUACAAUUUAAAUGAGAUUCUUUGGAAUAAAAAAACGUUAGAGAGAAGGCCUAGGGUCCAAGCAAAUUUUGGAAGAACUCCCUUUUUUUAAAUUGGACAUUGGGACAUUUCCUUUACCCUAACCCCUCAGUAGAAUCGAGACCCGGAUACACGGCGUCAGACUCCACCUGUCAUGUGAUUUGCACAGUAGGUUGGCACCUGCAGAUGACAUAAAGACCCUCAUCUUAGGAGCGCUCAAUUUGCAGUUCAGGUUGAGAUCCUGUAGACGCAGUCGGCCACCUCCUGGCAGGGCGCUGCUCUUCAUAGAUGCCCCCCUCUGCACUCUGCUGGAUUCCUUCCGUGAUGUGCCAGCUGGGUGGUCACAUGACUAAAAGCUUGGUUGGCUGAAUGUAAGCCACAGGAUGGAGUGACUUUGUUAAGAAGCUCAGGAGGUGACAACACGAGAGACUCGUGUGACUGUGAAGGGAGGACCAACCGUCAUGUGCUGCUCAGUGGGCCAGAGUGCUGGCGUCUGCCGUGUGACCUGCAGUUAAGACGCUGGCUGACGGUUAGAGGGGCUCAGGACUAUCCAGAUUCCUCAAAGGUCUAAGGUCCCGUACCCCCGCAGUGUGUAAAUCGAGGACUAAAACAUGAAGGAGAAGGUGAGCAUCAGUCAUGGGGACCAAUCCUGGCACAAAGAUGAACGGUAGAGGGAUCGCUACGGAGAGCUGUGUCCAGAAGGGUGGGCAAAGCGCAGGGAUUUCUGAUCACGGAUGAAAUUUGGUGCGUUUUGGAGGGUGCACUUGACUCGCGGCCUUCUGGUUUCCAGCGUUUAGGAGGGAAAGAUCAGAAUAACAAAAUGGAAAGAAAUGACCUGAUGACAUGAAACCUUAACCUACUCCACGUGUGUCCCCAUCAAGUCUCAUUUGUGUUUGUUCUGCAUUUGAACUUGUAGCCAGUGCUUUGGAUGUGGCUGCAGAUGAGAGCCCCCCUGUGAAAGAAAAGGAGAACAUAACGUCCCACCCUGGUGGGUAUGGAUUGGUAAUGGAGCUGCGACGUCCGCCCGCUGGGUGCCAAGCAGAGCAGUGUCUCCAACACGGGGGUUUUAAAGCAGGCUGAGGGACGUCGCCAGCCCCGUUCUCGGCACGGCACAGUGUUGUCAGUAGCUCUGACGUUUUUAACUUUGCUGUUUCGGAUGAUCACUGAAGCCUUUCUUCAUGGACGUAGAGAGAAGGCCCGGCCCAGUGCUCAGCUCUGUCUGCAGACACUGCCAUUGCACUGAUCAGAUGUCCCCACUCUUACCUGUACAGGUCGUCUGUCAUUGCACUAUUGCUUCUCAGGUAGGCGAGUCAGCUGCUGCUAGUGGGCAUCGUGUUAGAACGAAAAAUGGAUGACCAAAGGGGCACAAACGAGGCAGAUGAAGGGGAAAAAAAGCUAAAAGGCAGGGCUGAUUGUAGGCGAUUGGGGGGUCCGGCACAGCAUGAAUAACUGAAGGGUGGGCAGGCUGCUCUGCGGACGCGAGUCGCUUCUGUUUGAGGGCACUUAAUGGCGAGUCCGAGGGGGGACGUGCCACCUGGAGGGUUUCAUUUUAAAAGCGUUUUAAAGACGUUCGCUUCCCGGAGUUGGCAGAAGGCGUAAGCUGAAACUUUGGUCAGUUUGUGUUUUACUGCCGCUUUAAAUCCCCACUCGUGUCUCUUUAGUUCUUCAUCUUUAUAUGGGAACGUCUGCUUUAAAUAAGAACGUUUGAAAGCUAGAGGGACUGGCACAUGACAGACACGGGUGAAAAUGCGUAGCCCUGUGCGCUGUAUACGCUGGAUCUGCACAUCUGUAUGACCUCUUGUGUGUACAUCUGGCUAAGUGUGCCCGCCGCGUCUCACAGGGACCAGGGUGAGCGGCCUUUGCCCCGGCGUCUUUGUUCCUGUUGACUCGUUUUGGCCUCGCUGGGUUUUUCUUGCCUUGCACGCUUGUAAGUGAAGCACAGUUUUUACUGUCAUCGUGUAAGGCGUUGCACGCCCAACUGUGCCCACCCGUAUCCCGUUACCCUUCUGAUCUUCUCAGCCUUCUCAAUGUCUGCACGCUAUGGUAAUGUGGACAAAAGCAAAUGGCUGACUACAAUUUACGAGAAAUCAAAGGAAUGUCCUGCUGAACGACUUCCUCCGCUGCCGUGCCACGUCCGAGUGACAUUCUAGUUGUGGAGUAGCGCCAGUCUGAUCAAACUGGCAAUGGCGUCUUACCAGCCUGCACCAAGUGGCCACUAGGAGAUUUUAUGCGUCGAGGCACAGGAGUUGUCGUAUUUAGUUUUUCAUUUUACUUUUCAGGAGUUUGUGGCAUUGAGGGAGGCGUUUUAAUUGUAGUCGUCCGCUGCUCAUGAGGUCACUUUUUAUUUUUGCUCUCCGUCAGUGGUGGCGAGUCUGGCGGUCCACACAGCCUGCAAGGUUGAAUCCGAGCCGCCCCCACUAUCUCAGGGUCCAGAGUGGACGAGCUGCUGUGUGACGUCUGCUGCUUGACCGCCACUUCGGGGGCCGCGCUUUGAUAAAUCAAAUCAAAUGAGAGUUGUGGCCGGACCCCCUGGCACAGCCCACCUCCUCCUCCUCCUCGGUCUUUUGGUGCCUCUUUUUGUUAUCUGUCUGUGUCUCUGUUACUUUACAGUUGGUCGUAGCUGUGACAAUAAAACAAAAAGCUCUUUUCUGUAUUUUGAUUUGUUUGUCGUCACUUUCUUGAUGUUUAAUAAACGUGGAGAGGAGCGAAGUUCACGAGUU